CUCCAGCAUCCAGCCGGAUACAUAUUUGUGGCUGCCGGACGCUAUUUCCCUUCCUGCAAGCAAACCCGUCUUCAUCUAGCAAUCGAACCCCAAUCUGUACCCAAACUCGAACCAAACGCUCAAACCCUAACCCUCGCCUCCCGCGAUGUCAUCUGCCGCCGCCGCACCGCCCCCUCCAGUGGCCGCUCCGCCGCCGUCGUACCCGGCUUCCUCCGCCUCCGCCGUCGCGUUGACCUCUGCCGAGGACGACGACGACCUCUACGGGCGGCUCAAGUCACUCCAGCGCCACAUGGAGUUUGUCGAGAUCCAGGAGGAGUAUGUCAAGGACGAGCAGAAGAACCUCAAGCGCGAGCUGCUCCGCGCGCAGGAGGAGGUGAAGCGGAUCCAGUCCGUGCCGCUCGUCAUCGGUCAGUUCAUGGAGAUGGUCGACGGCAACAACGGGAUCGUCGGCUCCACCACCGGGAGCAACUACUACGUGCGGAUCCUCAGCACCAUCAACCGCGAGCUGCUCAAGCCCUCGGCGUCCGUUGCGCUGCACCGCCACUCCAACGCGCUCGUCGACGUGCUGCCGCCCGAGGCGGACUCCAGCAUCUCGCUGCUCGGGUCAUCGGAGAAGCCCAACGUCACCUAUAACGAUAUUGGAGGAUGUGACAUCCAAAAGCAAGAAAUCCGGGAAGCCGUUGAGUUACCCUUAACUCAUCAUGAGUUGUACAAGCAGAUUGGUAUUGAUCCUCCAAGAGGUGUGCUCCUCUAUGGUCCUCCAGGUACUGGCAAGACCAUGCUUGCCAAAGCUGUGGCACAUCACACUACUGCUGCUUUUAUCAGAGUAGUUGGUUCGGAAUUUGUACAAAAGUACUUGGGUGAGGGCCCUAGGAUGGUUCGAGAUGUAUUCCGAUUGGCUAAAGAGAAUGCCCCGGCUAUCAUAUUCAUUGAUGAGGUUGAUGCUAUAGCUACUGCACGUUUUGAUGCUCAGACCGGUGCUGACAGAGAAGUUCAGCGUAUUCUUAUGGAGCUUCUCAAUCAGAUGGAUGGAUUUGAUCAAACGGUGAAUGUGAAGGUUAUAAUGGCAACUAACCGAGCAGAUACUCUAGAUCCUGCUCUAUUGCGUCCUGGUAGACUUGAUAGGAAAAUUGAGUUCCCGCUUCCUGACCGGAGGCAGAAGAGGCUUGUUUUCCAAGUCUGCACUACCAAAAUGAACUUGAGUGAUGAGGUCGAUUUGGAAGAUUAUGUUUCCAGACCUGAUAAGAUCAGCGCUGCUGAUAUCGCUGCUAUCUGUCAAGAAGCUGGCAUGCAUGCUGUCCGGAAAAACAGAUAUGUCAUCCUCCCCAAGGACUUUGAGAAGGGUUACCGAACCAACGUGAAGAAGCCUGAGACAGAUUUUGACUUCUACAAAUGAGAGGCAAUAUGAGUGUUAAAAUUGAAUGCAUGUUUCUCAACGGCAAUAUGUUUUAACAUUAGGGAUCGCCUAUGUCACAAUGUACUUUACAUGUUUCAUCAUAUUCAGUUGUUUCAAGUUGUAUUCGCUGGCAAAAUUGAAUGGUUUGCACGGUCAACCUUGACAGUGUUGUGAAACUAGAAUGUCUUCCUACUUUUCCUUGUAUCUGGUAAGUGGAAUUUGCUUGACCA